AUGAUCGCUGGGGCUAGUGAACUAGUGAAACUUCGCGGCGCCCAACCACAAGAGAUCAAUGACCAUGCUCGCGCUGCAAAUGUGUUACGUACGAAGUUCCAAUCAACGACAGCUUGGCCCUUAAAGGGACAAGACAGAAUGUAUUUCUCCAUCAAGGCUCGAUCGGCCCAUGAGAUGCGUGCAGGGGUGUUCUUCCACGGCAUCUCAUUCCAUUCCUCUUCUAUAUCAUGGCCCCAACAGCUGAAAACCCAUAGCUUCAAAACCUAUAUAGCUGUACAUCCGAAAUCCACAAAGCCAACUUCACCCUGCCCGCAAAUACUCCUCAUCCUACACCAGCGAAACCAAGCUAUGCGGCUCAAUCAACUCCUUGCCCUUUCCUCCUUUCUUAUUCCGGCUCUCGCCAUCGGAAGGGAAUGUUGCUGUGAUCGGUACUCGCAAUUUGCUCUCGAAAACGAGGCCAAAAUAGUCGCCCAGUGCAAAACAACCUGGUCCGCAGUCAAGAAUGGCGCAUCUGGCGAGGACUACUGUAACAGCGUCUUUUGCAUUCAGCAACAAUCCUGGAUCAAGCCCUGGCUUGCUGGCAAGUGCACUCUUGCAGGUUAUCAAUGUGGUGACUGCGCCAAUGGCAAUGUUGGUUGCCUUGGAUAG